CCGGGUUAGUAGAAGAAAAUUUUAAAAGACCAGUUAGUACUGUAUAUUAAUUUUUAUUUUCAAUAAAAUCUUAUAAAUUUUAACGGUUUUUUAUUUAAUUAUUUAAUCUUUAACAAAAGUACCAUGAGUCUAUUCGAUAAAUUAUUUCCUGCAACUCAUAAAACCACUUUUAUUGUUGAUCAUACUCCAUAUUUUGGCUUAGCAAGUAAUGCACACAUAAAAAUGGAUUUUACUAAACGUCCUCUUGGCGCUAUACCCCCAUCACCAGUAUUCAAAUCUAUGUGGACUUGUAGUAUUGAAUCUGUUCUAGAAUAUUGCCGAAUUGUAUGGGAUCUUUUUCCAGAAGGAAAACUCAUCCGAGUUAUAAGUAGUGAUUUACAAGCACGAAAUCUCAAUACUUGGGCAUUAAAUCAACAAAAUGUAAAUUAUAUGCUUCAUCAUUUAUCAGCACUUGGACCACCUGCCAAGUUAAUACCUAACCCUUCACGUGACUACAGUAUUGUAUAUGGAUUUCGAUUAGCUGCUGAAGCAAUGUCUGAAUGUACAACAGCUCAAAAAGAACAUAUUUCUAAGAAAGCUACUAUUGAAGUACAAAAUAAGUGUAGAACAAUAAUUAUAACAUCAGCAAGAGAUAAUGCUUCUAUUGAUAAUCUUGCGUCCAUGUUUCAUAAUGAGAUGAUCAAAAUUAAUAAGUAUACGACAACUCCUGAUACAUUGCCUAUUCAUCACUGUACUUUGGUUAUUAUAAAUACAUAUCCAGAUUCAAUAUCAUGUGAAGUUACAGAUCGUAAUCUUUAUAUUAUAUCUCCAAUUUUGAAUUUAGAAGUAUAUUGUAUACCAGCAUCUAAGGUUGGACAUAAAAUAGCAUAUCUUUUAUUAAAACAUUAUAAUUUGGCCAGUACAACAGUUACUGGUAUUCCUAUGAAAGAAGAACAAAAUGCUAGUUCAUCUGCAAAUUAUGAUGUAGAAAUAUAUCAUGAAGCUGCUGCGCAUACUGCUAUUUUAAAUGCAAAUUUAGCUGAUGCUAAAGCAGUUGUAGCAAGGAAAGAAGAAGCUGAUUAUGAAACUAUAAAACUUAAAUGGUGCACUCCAAGAGCAAAUAAUAAUUUACCUGACAUCCAUAGUUGUACUACACUACAUAGGAUUACACCUGUUGAUAUAAAUAGUAGACCUAGUGCUUGCUUGAUUACAUUUUUACUUAAUGGUCGCUCAGUUCUUCUUGAAAUGAUUAAACAAAGUGGUAACAAAAGUAUGUCACAUGUUCUUAAAUCAUACAAUGGAGAGAUUUAUAUACAUACUGUAUCAUCUGGUCGGACUGUACUAGAAGAUCCACCAUCAAUAAGUGAAGGACCAGGAGGAAAAGUAACUCAAUAUCGGGUUGCUGACUUUGGUGUUUUUAUGAGAUCUAACUUACUACAACCAUCUAAGAGAAAGUUGCCUGAUGAUAAAAAUUUAAUUGAAGAUGCAAAAGAAAAACUUAAAAAACAGACAGCAUAUUGGCCUCUUACUACAUCUUCUACUAUAAUUUUUAACUUAAAACAGUACACUGAACCUAUGUUAACUUUGAUGGUUAAAGAAAAUAUUAAUGACCAAGAAGUUAUGCAUUGUAAACAGUGUAUUUAUGCUUUAAUGACGGCUGAAUCUAAAAAUGAACAUCUCAUAACUCCUAGUUUAACAAACCCUAGAAAGGUUAUGAAAAAGGAUGAUCAGUAUAAAUCGAUGUGGUCAGAAUUAGAAUUAUUUUUAAAGUCAAAUCUCUAUUCAGAAAAUCACUGCAAAAUUCUUCAAUGUUUAUUAGAGUGUAGGUGUAAACCAGAUGAAGAUAAAAUAAUUGAAAAAACUUUAUUACGUUUCAAAAAAACUUUGUCAGAAAGGCCCAGUGUUAUUAGAGCAACUACUGAUUCACCUAUGUCUCCUCCUUUAGCUCAACAAACUGGAUUAAAACAUAUAGUUCAUAGUAAUAUUAGUGCAAAUCCUAACAGUGUUAUGUACCUUCAGAUUAUUCAAGAACAUAAUAGCCAUAAAAUAAGUACACCUAAUAGACCUCAAUUUGCAGGAAGAUUAAAAUCUGUACAAAUGAGAAAUGGAAAUUUGUUUACAAAACUUUAUCAACAUUUAGAUGAUGAUGGUGAAAGUAAAGGAGUUAAAUGAUGUUUUAAAAAUAUGCUAGUUUUUAUUAUUAACCUAUAUGUACAUCAUAACAUUUUUUUAUGAUUUGUACAAAUUGUAAUUAUAACUUUGAUAUAUAUUUUUAAAAUUAGUUUUAAACUUUUAAAGAGCCAGUCAGCAGGUUGUCAUACAUAAAUUUGCCAACUUAUUUUUCAUCAAGCGUCAAAUAAGUAUUAAAUUAAAUGAAUUGAAAUUGAAAUACAUAAAAUUUUUUACUUUAAUAAUUUAAACAAUCAUCAUAGAGAGUUGUUUACUCCAAAUUCAUUUACUAAGAUUAUCUUGUGAAAUAAUUGUAAAUAUUUAAUUGAUUUAGACUGAUCAUCAAUUAAUUAG